UAGCAGUUUAGCUGUAUCCACAAAAUCAACAUCAUCUUCUUUAUCCACAACCGUGAGUAGUAGUCUCAUUCAUUCUUAUCAGAAAACACAGAAAUAUGGCGUUGGCUUGCGCAACGGCCACAUUUUCCUCCUUCGCCUUUAGGCUUGCAGCACCAUCUUCUUCUACACGUGUCUCUUACAGUUCAGUUAAAUUGCCUUUGUCCAAUAAUGUCAACUCGCUCCAUCUCAGUUGGUCUGGAACCAUUUCCGCUCCAUUUCUUCACCAAAAACUCGCCACUGUUACUUCUCCUCCUCGCUCUCUCACAAUUGUAUCCGCAAAAGGCUACAAAAUUAAAACUCACAAGGCAUCGGCAAAGCGAUUUAGAGUAACCGGUAGUGGCAAGAUCGUGCGUAGAAGAGCUGGAAAGCAACAUUUGCUCUACAAAAAGAAUAACAAGAGGAAAUUGCGACUCUCCAAAAUGAUCCAGGUCGACAGGAGUGACUAUGACAAUGUGAUUAGAGCAUUGCCAUAUCUGAAAGUAAACAGAAAAGCUACAUAAAUGUCGAGUUUGUAAAUCAAAGUCAUGAAUCUAGCAACAUUCAGUCUACUGAUUCGUCAUGUUUCCUUUAUGCUUUUACACCAUUUGAAUGUUUUUUUAUUUUACAAAUGAAUUGAGGUAGUUUUUGCCAUUGGAAAUAUCAUUACCUCCUAUAUCACGCAAUAACAAUUUGUAUUUACAUCAUUGCAAUUUCUACUAUUCACUUUUUUCUGUCUUCCUAA